CGUCCCUCAACCCAUCUCCCAUCGCCCGGACUAGCUCGGGUUCUAUCUCCCUCAGUCCCUGUUGCCUUUAACCUACCCUCCCCCCCUUACCAACAAUCUAUUGUCCUCUUGGAGAUCCGCCUCCCGGCUGUCUCCAGAGAACGUUCGCUAUGUCCACGCACGAUUCAGCUCCGGGUUCACUUCUUAUACUAUGGAUUGCUUCCACGCACUUAUUUAGUUCAAGCAUCCUAUGUGCUUCAUGAUGCCCCGUUUUUCUUUUCCUCCGCUGAAAGCUUCAUUGUCGCUUUGUAUGACUUUGCCGACAAUGCUGACACUUCGUUUCAGACCUCCUCUCUCUAUUCUACAGAGAUCCACACGGUUUGUUAUCAUGGCAGACCCCACCGACUUGAAUCUCGACGCUCCCAGCGAUCUUCAAGACAUUCCAGAGAUGUCAAUGCAACUCCUUCCACCUCCUGAAGGAACAUUUCCUGACAAGCCAGCCCUUCUUGCAUCAGUGCAGGCACACGGUAAAGCGCACGGGUACAAUGUUGUUGUCAAGUCUUCUAGUACUCCCACUGAAAAGAAACCCGGGCGGACUGCGAAGGUAUGGCUCAGAUGCGAUCGGGGCGGACACUAUCGUCCGCGCAACGGCCUCACCGAGGAGACGAGGAAACGGCGGCGAACGUCGCGGUUGAUGGACUGUCCAUUCAUGCUGGUCGCAGCAGGAACUCCUGGCAUUUGGACGCUGACCGUUCUAAACCCAACACAUAAUCACGGCCCAGUUGUCGAGAAACCCCGGCAAGCUCCUCAUCACAAGGUUCGAAAGGGCCAAGUCGCGGCGGCACCGUAUGAUUGGCCGCACGACGCGACUUUAACGCCAUAUACGACUGCGUUAGUGAUUAUCGAUAUGCAGAAGGACUUCUGCUCGCCAGGUGGUUAUAUGGAAUAUCAAGGCUACGAUAUAUCAGCCGCCCAUGCACUUAUCCCUAAGCUACAACAUCUCCUGAAUGCGUUCCGAGCGUCUGGGUUUCCAGUCUAUCAUACACGUGAAGGUCACCGACCCGAUCUCUCAACUCUCUCAAGUAGAGAGGCAUACCGGUCACGUAAUAACGAUUCCGGAUUUGGGAUUGGGUCCCCGGGUCCAUUGGGCCGUCUCUUGAUUCGGGGUGAGGUUGGCCACGACACCGUUGAUGAACUGUAUCCGCUUCCCGGGGAGCCAGUCAUCGAUAAGCCUGGUCGUGGGGCAUUUGCUCACACUGACUUCGAGCUUCUUCUCCGGAAUAAAGGCAUCAAGAAUCUGGUAAUUGCAGGAGUAACUACCGAUGUCUGUGUGUCUACCACUAUGCGCGAGGCGAACGACCGAGGGUUCGACUGCGUAGUCUUAGAAGACGGCACGGCGGCCAGUGAGCCUUCACUUCAUUCAAGCACGAUUGAAUCGGUCAAAAUGGAAGGUGGAAUUUUUGGAGCGGUAGCCAAAGUGGAUGAUAUAGUGCACGCUGUGGAGAACUUCAAAAAUAGCACUGUGAAGAAGUUGGCUCCGCAGAUGACGGUUUGACAGCUGGUUGGUUAGGCGUUAUGAUGUAUCUUUGAGCGUUUCCUUUUGCCGUUUUACAAGCCUUGGGGUUUAUCGUGCGGAUACUUUUUAUUUGGUUUACAUGUUAGCGACACGAUCGAGAUAAAUCUCACUUGAACCAUUCGAACACCGAUCUAGACUCUUGAAAACCGACAAAUGAACACGGUUCAUGCACAACUUCCAGGUGAGGUAAGAAUAAACCCACUGGUAUUUUCACACUAGCACGCAAGUAGACUG